AAGUAGAAGCCGGCAGCAUAGAGGGACGGUCCCUGCCCAACGGCGGGCUUCCAGUCUAGGGGAUGGCCUCGCGGCUGCAGCGCGCCGUCAUGACGCCGGCGGGGAAGCACCGCGCCUCGCUCAUCGUCCUGCACGGCUCAGGUGACAGUGGCCAAGGAAUGAAAGGAUGGAUCAAAUGUGUUUUGAAUCAGGAUUUAGCUUUCCAGCACAUAAAAAUCAUUUAUCCAACGGCUCCUCAGAGGCCAUAUACGCCUAUGAAGGGAGGACUCUCUUCUGUCUGGUUUGACAGGUACAAAAUCUCAAUCGACAGCCCAGAACACCUCGAAUCCAUUGACUCAAUGUGCCAGAUACUUACUGAUUUGAUCGAUGAUGAAGUAAAAAGUGGCAUCAAGAAGAACAGGAUACUAAUAGGUGGAUUUUCCAUGGGAGGAUGCAUGGCAUUACAGUUAGCAUAUAGGAAACAUCAAGAUUUGGCUGGAGUGUUUGCUCUUUCUAGUUUUCUCAAUAAAACAUCUGCUGUUUACCAGGCUCUCCAGGAAAAUGAAGGUUGUCUUCCUGAAUUGUUUCAGUGCCACGGGACUGCUGAUGAGUUAGUUUUGCAUUCAUGGGGCAAAGAGACUAACUCGGUGUUAAGAUCUUUGGGGGUGACCACAACAUUUCAUAGUUUUCCAAAUCUUCAUCAUGAGCUGAACCGAAAUGAGCUGGAACAGCUGAAAUCCUGGAUUGUAAAGAAGCUACCCGAAGAAACAGAAACGCUCAGUGCAUAAAUGACACAUUUUGCUGUUCUAAAAUAAUUGAACGUGAACGUCCCACCUUGAUUUUGGCUGAGAUGUUUUUCAGUCGAGGCUUAUGAUCAUUAA